CUCUCACCUCCGACCUCACCCAUCCCUCUCGCUCUCCAUCGCGCCAGUCUCCUCCUGCCGCCAUGGAUCCCGCACAGUACGCCGCAUACCAGCAGCAGCAGCAGCAGCAGGGCGCUGCCGCCGCCGGCAACAACGGCCAGCAGCGCCAGCAGGCCGCCUACUACGGCCAGGACGUCGAUGAGGACGAGUUCCUCGGCGACGACGACGUCGACCUCAUCCCUGCCGACUACAGCCAGCAGCCGGCCGAGGGCUACAUUGAUGAUGCGCACAGCGCUGCGCUGCUCGAGGCGCAGCACGCCCAGGCCGCCCAGGCGCAGGCCGCUGCGCUGGCGCAGGUGCCCGACCCCGUGCGCAAGUACAUUGUGCUCUUCCACCAGGCCGUGUCGAACAACUCGAUCCCCGAGAUCUCGAGCGCCUACGAGGGCAACUGGAACCGCCUGACGGAGAAGUACUACCAGAAGACGGAGUGGCCGGAAGCCGAGGUCAUUGCGCCGCUUGUGGGCGACGACCAGCGCUUCCUCACCCUCUACCGCGAGCUGUGGUACCGCCACGUUUACUCGCGCCUCUCGCCCGACGGCGAGGACCGCUUCCACUCGUACGACAACUACUGCGACUUCUUCAACUUCGUGCUGAACUCGGAGGGCCCGGUGCCGCUGGAUCUGCCGGCGCAGUGGCUGUGGGACAUCGUCGAUGAGUUCAUCUACCAGUUCCAGAGCUACUCGCAGUGGCGCAACAAGGUGUCGAACAAGACGGACGACGAACUGCUGCUGCUGCAGGACGGCGGCGUGUGGAGCUCGUACAGCGUGCUCAACGUGCUCUACUCGCUCAUCCAGAAGAGCCGCAUCACGGAGCAGCUGCAGGCCAUCCAGCGCGGCGAGGACCCCGACGAGGUGGCCGGCGAGUUUGGCUCGCGGCCGUUGUACAAGCUGCUGGGCUACUUCAGCAUCAUCGGCCUGCUGCGCGUGCACGUGCUGCUCGGCGACUACACGCUGGCGCUCAAGAUGCUCGACCACAUCGAGCUCAACAAGAAGAGCGGCCUCAUCAACCGCGUCACCGCCUGCCACGUCACGGCCUACUACUACGUCGGCUUUGCAUACCUGAUGCUGGGCCGCUACCCGGACGCCAUCCGUGCCUUUACGCACAUCCUCGUGUUCAUCAUGCGGCUGCGCCAGUACCACACGCGCAGCUACCAGUACGACCAGAUCAACAAGACGGCCGACCGCAUGUACGCGCUGCUGGCCAUCUGCUGCGCGCUGAGCCCCACGCGGCUCGACGAGAACAUCCAGACGACGAUGCGGGAGAAGUACGGCGAGCAGUUCAACAAGAUGAGCCGCGGCGCCGAGGGCCUGGCGGCGUUCGAGGAGCUCUUCCUCUAUGCAUGCCCCAAGUACAUCACCGGCAACGCGCCGCCGUACCACGAUGCCGAGGCGCUGCAGCAGUACCAGGACUCGCCGAUGCCCGACCCGGCGCAGCACCAGCUCAAGAUCUUCCUCGCCGACGUGCGCACGCAGCUCAGCAACGCCAACAUCCGCUCCUUCCUGCGUCUGUACACCAGCCUGGGCACCGACAAGCUCGCCAACUUCCUCGAGGUCGACGAGGAGGAGCUCAUUGAGGAGCUCAUGGUCGCCAAGGCGUGCAGCCGCAGUGUCAAGUGGAGCGAGGGCGGCCUGCUUGAGGGCGAGGUGGUCAACACCAGCGACCUCGACUUUGUCAUCGAUGGCAACAUGGUGCACAUUGCCGAGUCGCGCGUGGGCCGCAAGUUCGGCGAGUGGUUCAUGCGGCAAGGCAUCCGCAUGAACCAGACGCUCAACAGCAUCAAGAGCAAGCCGCUGCCCAUCGCCAGCGAGGCCACGCUGGCCGCCGCCGCUGCCGCACAGCAGGCCGCCGCCAACGCACAGGGCGCGGCGGGCGCGGCCGAGCGGGGCGCUCCGGCGGGCCGUGGUGGACGGGGAGGCAAGAGCGGAGGCGCACCGGCGUGGGGUGGUGCUGCUCAGCGGACGGCCGCGGCCUGAGAGGGAGGCUGGCUGGAGGGAUAUGCCUGGCUGCCGUGUAUGCGCGGGGCCGGAGCUGCAGGAUGCACGUCACUGCCUGCGUGGGCAGGCGUGACGCCAAAAGGUGCCGCUGAGGGGCAAUGUACCAUCAUUCUCGCGGACCGCGUCGUGGUGAGAAGGA